AUGAACAAACUUAAAUCUUAAACUUGGGAGUUUUGCUGUACAAAGGAAGCUUUCCAGCAAGAGACACAAAUUGACACAGCAGUAAUUCUGUCCUUAUCUCUCACUGAAUAUUAAACAAAGACAAAAAUACUACUGUGUCGAUUUGUGUGUCACUUGCUGGAAAGCUCCCAAAGUCUCCAAGAUCAGUGACAUCAGUGUCCGUGGUCGACCGUGGUCGACCGACUGCGACUAGUAUUUAUACGUACUUCAUGACUAGACGGGUACUCUCUUAAACUACUCCAUAAAAUAAGCGGACGCACAUUAGAGCUAGCUGAUUGGAGCGGUCACGGGGACGGGGAAUUGAGCGGGUAGUCGGGACGGACGGAUUGUGCUCAGUGAAGAUUGGUGACUUAGUUUUUACUGGUCGGACGAACCUGACUCGUUGUCGUCGUCAUCGUCGUGGUUCAUCGUCGCGAAGAUGUUUCAACUGCGGAGUAUCACACGGUUGUCGAUCGCCCUGAAGCAGGCGCCGAGUAAUGAUAUACAGAGCGCGCUGACCCGCAUCACGCCGGCGGCGAUGACGUCUUGCCGCGGUUACGCCGAUCACCAGAUCCCGGAUCGUCUCAAGGACGUGCCCGAGGCAUCGAAUCCGCGAUUCUUCGACAUGGUCGAAUACUUCUUUCAUCGUGCCUGUCAAAUCAUCGAGGACAAGUUGGUCGAGGACAUCGGCAAGCGUUCACGUGUCUCCCUCGAGGAUCGUAAGAAGAAGGUUAAGGGUAUCUUGAUGCUGAUGGAACCUUGCGACCACAUUGUCGAGACCACGUUUCCGCUUAGACGCGACUCCGGCGACUAUGAGAUGAUUACCGGAUAUCGCGCUCAGCACUCCACUCACCGAACACCUUGUAAAGGAGGUAUCCGUUUUUCGAUGGACGUAUCACGAGAUGAAGUUAAGGCCUUGUCAGCUUUGAUGACAUUCAAAUGUGCGUGCGUCGACGUACCAUUUGGUGGCGCAAAGGCUGGAAUUAAAAUCAACCCCAAGAAUUAUUCGGAACACGAACUGGAAAAAAUCACCAGAAGAUUUACGUUGGAAUUAGCAAAGAAGGGAUUUAUCGGACCUGGAGUUGACGUUCCUGCUCCCGAUAUGGGUACUGGCGAGCGUGAAAUGUCUUGGAUAGCCGAUACUUAUGCGAAAACUAUCGGCCAUCUUGACAUUAAUGCUCAUGCUUGUGUUACUGGCAAGCCCAUCAAUCAGGGUGGCAUUCAUGGUCGUAUUUCCGCGACAGGACGUGGAGUAUUCCAUGGAUUAGAAAAUUUCAUUAACGAAGCUAAUUAUAUGGGCAUGAUCGGUAAUACGCCUGGUUUUGGAGGUAAAACAUUUAUCCUUCAAGGUUUUGGUAAUGUUGGUUUGCACACUAUGCGUUAUUUACAUCGCGCGGGCGCCUCAUGCAUAGGUGUGAUAGAACACGAUGGAUCUAUUUGUAAUCCAGAGGGUAUUGAUCCAAAAGAAUUAGAAGAGUACCGCAUAGAGAACGGUACUAUCGUUGGCUUUCCUGGGGCCAAGCCAUACGAAGGUGAAAAUCUCAUGUACGAGCCAUGUGACAUAUUUAUCCCCGCUGCUAUAGAAAAAGUAAUUACCAAAGAAAAUGCUGGACGUAUCCAGGCAAAGAUUAUCGCGGAAGCUGCCAACGGACCGACUACUCCUGCCGCAGAUAAAAUUCUGAUCGAGAGGAAUAUCCUCGUAAUUCCAGAUUUGUAUAUUAACGCCGGUGGUGUUACGGUUUCGUUCUUCGAAUGGUUGAAGAACUUGAAUCAUGUGUCAUAUGGUCGUCUAACUUUCAAAUACGAAAGAGAAUCUAAUUAUCAUCUCUUAGAAUCGGUACAAGAGUCUUUAGAACGUAGGUUUGGUCGCGUUGGCGGCCGUAUUCCCGUUACGCCAUCUGAAGCCUUCCAGAAACGUAUAUCUGGCGCUUCCGAAAAAGAUAUUGUCCAUUCUGGUCUAGACUAUACAAUGGAGAGAUCCGCUAAGGCUAUCAUGAAGACUGCCAUGAAAUUCAAUCUCGGACUCGACUUGAGGACAGCCGCGUAUGCCAAUUCGAUUGAAAAAAUAUUUACCACUUACUCGGAAGCUGGUCUUGCUUUUUAAACAUUUUAGCCAUUAGAUUAUAUUAUUAUUAACGGUAAAGACAAAAUCAGUUUUUACCAUACAAAUUACAAAAGGUGACCUUAAAUGCAUCAUCCAAAAGAUAUUCAUGAGCGGUUAAAAAUUAUGCCAAGUCGUAAAGGGUAAAAUUAUUGAAAACUUAUGAUGGAAGCAGAAUUGUCACGUGUUGCAUGACGGUUUGCCUAGUUACAUGUAGAGUCGUAUGGACUGGAUAUUAUGACACCGUUAAGUAAUAGUAUGAGAUAAUGUCCAAAGAAAGAUCGAAUAUCGACUAUUCUUUUUUUGUCUAAGAUAGAAAAGGCCCAGACACAAUGCAUUUUUAUAUUUCACUUUUUAUGUGUAAGAUAUGAAGACUCGUUAUAUCGUCAUAUAAAGCUGCCAUUGAAAUAAUUCAUUAUUUAUAAAUAGGGAAAUUUAUAAAUUUUAUUUCCCUUAAAUAUGCCAUUUUAACGAUAUUGUUGUAUUUCUGAUAUUGCACUUAUAUAAAGAAAAUAUCUAAUUUUAUUUUAAACGACAAGAUUGGCUCUUGCUGAGUAAGGAGAGCAAUGAAUGAUAUAUCUGGUCAGAUAUAUGACUUACUUGCAGCUAUGAUUGUUAUAUAUAUGCGAUAUUUUGUUGACAAAGAUACUCAAUUCUUUGAAAGUAAAUUGUCUUUCAUAUAUUAUACAAGUGCGUAAAUAUAGUAUUUGCGACUGAAAUACGUCACGUCGUGUAUAUAUUAAUUAGUUGAUACACACUACUGUAAUAAGUACAUAAUUAUCGGUUACACUUUACAAGUGUAAAAAUAAGAAACGAUAGAUUAUGAGUAACAUCGUUUUAUCGAUUUAA